GUAUCUGCUUCGACGCGGACGUAAACAAACGUAGCUUAGCAAGCUGAAUCCUUGUUGUAACUGCGGAAAUAUUGUAUCGGCGUACAAUGUGUUUUUCUGCCGCCUAGAUCUCGGACGAUUUGAUAUCCAAUAACAGGACCCGGCGUUUUGUGAGGAGCUUUACUGAAGAGAUCACAGCUUGCUACCAUGUCAACUUCAAAUUUCAAGAACAAGUGUGUGACCCAAGUCAACUGUAUAUACUGUGAUAGUCUGCUGUGUAUGAGAGGAAUGAAAGCUGUUCUGUUAGCCGAUACGGAAAUUGAGUUGUUCUCAACCGACAUACCCCCAAACAGGACAGUUGACUUCGUGGCAAGCUGCUAUUCCACUGAGAGCUGCAAAUGCAAAUUAAGAGACAUUGCCUGUUUGAAAUGUGGAAAUGUUGUGGGAUAUCACGUGGUGGCCCCAUGCAAGCCCUGCUUGCUCUCCUGCAACAAUGGUCACUUCUGGAUGUUCAACAGUGAGGCUGUGACCACCAUCAAUAGACUGGAUGCAACAGGUUUGAGACACCUGUCCAUCUGCCACAAACCCACUGUCUUUUUCCCUCUUCUUUUGUUCAAACAGUUUUUUAGUCAGCUAGAGAGCACGAUCUCAGAGGACUGGGUGCUCGUAUGCACUAAGAUUCAAAUAUAAACACAUUGACAGAAUCAUUUAAAAGCAUAGUUCACCCAAAAAUGACAAUUCUGUCUUUAUUUACUCGCCCUGUGUGACUUUCUUUGUUCCAUGGAAUCUCAAAAGAGAUGAAUGUUGGGUAGAUUGACAGCAUUGGUCACCAUUCAGCUACAUUGUGAGGGGAAAAAAGGUGCAAUGAAAGUGAUGGGUGACUGUCACUAACAUACUGCCUGUUGUGCCUACUAUCUUCUUUUGUGUUCCACAGAAGAAAGAAAGUCAUACAGUUUUGGAACAAGUAUGUACAUUUUUCCCGAAUUUUCGUUUUGGGUGAAAUAAGGUUAAAACUUUGAAGGCUUAUAUCUAUAAUUGUUGUGCACUUGCAUCAAUGUUUAUUUUGCUUUUGGUCUCUUUGUCUAGUUGCUUUUGCUUAGGAUCUAACACUUGAUAGGCUAUGUUGAUUAUGCAAGGGUUGACUCCCACUCGCUAGGUGCUUUCUUGCAGGUCAGGCAAGUGUGAAGCGGAAGUUUAUAUAUGCAGAGUUCUCAGUAAUGAAAAAUCUAGAAAUAUCAGAUCAUUUUUAAAUUGUGAUUUCCAGUCCUGGAUGUGUUACGUCUAAACAAACAAAAAAAAAAAUCGAAAGGUCAUAGACAUUUCUUUAAAAUAUUUCAUUGAACUACUAGAACUAUAGAAUUGUUUUAAUGAUGUUCCCUUUCAUCUGUAAUUAUAAUUAAAUGCUUAAUUACACAUAUUUGCGCAUAUGCACAGUACUGUGCAGAAGUUUUAGGCACUUUUGAUUAUUUUUUUUUUAAAUGCCAUAAAUAAUUUUUAUAAAUUCAUACAAAGUUCAGUAAACAUAAAACACUAAAUCAAUAUUUGGUGUGAGCACCCUAUGCUAUUAAAACAGCACCAGUUCUCCUCUGUACACUUGAGCACAAGUUUUCAAGGUUGUUGGCAGAUAUGUUGUUUCAAGCAUCUUGGAGAACUUGCCACAGUCCUAUGUAUUUUGGCUGUCUCAAUUGCUUCUGUCAUUUCAUAGUGAAUAAUCCCAGACUGACUCGAUGAUGUUGAGAUCCAGGCUCUGUGGUGGCCAUACCAUCUGUUGUGGGAUUCCCUCUAUUUGCAAAAGGAAUGCUUGGAAAUCUAAAAUGAAUAUUUCCUAUUGACUCUCUAAAGCAGAAGAUAUAAAAAAAACCAUCAUAAGACAACUGUUCUUGUGAUGCAUCUAAAGUGCUUAAAACUUUUGCGCAGUACUGUAUAUAUGGCACAUUCAGUAAAAGAAGCUCGUCUCUUUAAUAGGGCAGAACCUGCUGCUAUGGGGAGAUCUACCAGAGCUGGAGGAUAGUGAUGAUGAGAGCCUGGAUAGUUUCUCAGAAGAAGAGUACCUCAGAUAGAACAACAAACAGUCAAAGGAUGUAGACUCUGACAGUGGUGAACUAGCUGUCUUUCACUUGCACCGAUCUCCAUUUAAAGCACAUUGUCCAGUCUUAGCUGACUGGGAAAAGACAAAAGAAAAAAUGAAAAGAAAAAAUCUUUACCAUCCCAGCUUUAUUCAUUUGCAGUCUUAUGAUUUUCCACUCAAAAUUCUUAAUGUUUGCUAUCGUUUCAGCAUCCUCUCAGAUUAGUUUGUGUGUCAGAGUGCCACUACCAAAGAAGUAAACAAUUUUCAAUUUUUCUUUGCUUUAAGGUUGCAGUAGCACAAAAUUUGAUGGACUCCUAACAUUUAUUAUGUUAUCCUGUGAUGUCUGUUUAUAACCUUUAUAAACUGUUGGCUGUUCAUGACAAUUAGCAGCAGUGUUACAUCAACUUGAAUCAAGGUGUGUUAAUCCAGGGGUGCUCUGGUACAAAUGUAUUUUCCAAGGCAACCAAGUGGCUACCAAGUAGAAAGAUAGAUAGAUAGAUUUGCUGAAAUUGCUGACAUUUACCAUGUUUUAAUGGUUUACAAGCAUAUUUGUCUUUUAAUUGAAUGUUAUUAAAUAUACCCUCAAACUGGAUAUCAAUUAGCAUAAUGGUGAACUGAUACAUCAAAGUAAUUUUAUUCUAAACGAGGGCUGUCCAUGCAUAGCCUUGUCUUUAAUUUCAUGAAAUUGUUUAGGCUUCUUUUCAUUUCUUUGACAUUUGAAGUGGUUGAAGAUCACAUGGCAGCUUUAAGGUAGAGUAGUUAGGUCUCAGCUAAAUGACAUUUGACAUUACAACAAUGUUAAUUGGACCUUUUUUGAUGAUAUACUAUGGUACUUUGCUUAGCUCUUUUUUUAAACAUUUUUUGUUAUUAAUGUUGUUUAAAGAGAUAUCUUCAUUCAAAAGUUAAUUUGAAAGCCUUUCUGUGUUCCAGUUAUGUUUGGCCACAAAGGCAAUCAUGAGAAGAAACAACAGAAAAAUAUUCUGCACUUAAUUAAAAAAAAAUUCAGCAUGAAACUGUGACAUAAUGGACAAAAUAUAUUUAAGCUUCCUGAUUUGGAUCUGUUUUUUUUUUUUUGUUGUUUUUUUUUUUGUUUUUUACAAAGACAUAUAGUCAUUCAGUAGCAGUUUUUCCCUCAACCCUGUUUACAUUUCACUGUGUAAUGAUUUUUGUAAUGUGUGUGUAUGUAUGUGUGUGUGUGUGUGUGUGUAUAUAUAUAUAUAAAUAUAUAUAUAUUAUUUAUAUUUAUAUAUAUAUACACACACACACACACACACACACACACAUACAUAUCAAGGGUAGGAUGUCCCACUGUAAAUGUUUUACCACAACAAUUUCUGUGUUGUAUUGGAGGUUUUGCAUUUUCAGUAAAAAACAGUAGCAAAAAGAAAAAGCAGCCACUAGUGUGAUAUCCUUCAGGUGAAGCAUUUUUAGUGGUUGGCUCCUUUAUGCCUUGAAGCGAUCUUUAGUAUGCAUUUAUGACCAAAAUUAACAAUGAAAAAAUUUGUUUUGCAUUUUAACUUAUUUACAGAGGAUUUAUUUGUUUUAUGUUUUGAAUGUAUUUAUUAACAAACACGAUACUGUAUUUAUACUGACAUGAUUUGAUUUAAUUUGUGCCAUGUGAGGAUGAGAAAAAAAGUUUGUAUACCUUUGAUCUGCACUGACAAUAUGUUGUUGGUUUGAACUUUGGGUUGUUUUGUAUGCUGAAUGUCUUGAUAUUAAACUUUCUAUUGUGGA